GCAGUGGGGAUACAGGCCCCAUCGAUUCAACACAACUGCAUACAUAAGCACUUACUAAUAAUAAAGCACUGUUUGUAUGUCAUUUUCAUGGAGUGCUAUCGCUAACACAUAUGGCGGGUCAAGAGGAAAAGCCAAUCAUCUAUACCAUGGAAAACAAGCCGAUUGUAACAUGUGCUGGAGAUCAGGGCUUGUUUACUUCUCUUUAUGCCUCAUUGGCUCAACAGCUUCCCAGAGAGCCAAUGGAGUGGAGGAGGACUUAUGGCCGUGCACCAAAAAUGAUCCACCUUGAAGCUAAUUUUGUCCAGUUUAAAGAGGAGUUGCUCCCAAAGGAGGGCAACAAAGCUCUUCUCACCUUCCCCUUCCUCCACAUCUACUGGACUGACUGCUGUGAUACAGAAAUGUAUAAGAGCUCCGUGAAGGAGGACAUGAUGCGCUGGCAGAACAGCCUGAGGACCCACGGCUCAUCAGACUGGGUCAUCAUUGUGGUGGAGACCAAUGAUACCAAGAAGAAGAACAAGACAAACAUCCUGCCUCGCUCAUCCAUUGUGGACAAGAUCCGCAGUGACUUCUGCAACAAGCAGAGUGACAGGUGUGUAGUUCUGUCUGAUCCUCUGAAGGACUCAUCUCGAUCUCAGGAAUCCUGGAAUUCCUUGCUGCUAAAGCUGCGAACUCUCCUCCUCAUGUCCUUCACCAAGAACCUGGGCCGCUUCGAAGAUGAAAUGCGCACACUACGAGAGAAGCGCACCCAGCCGGGCUGGAGCUUCUGUGAAUACUUCAUGGUCCAGGAGGAGCUGGCCUUUGUUUUUGAAAUGCUGCAGCAGUUUGAGGACGCCUUGGUCCAGUAUGAUGAACUGGAUGCUCUUUUUACCCAGUAUGUCCUUAACUUUGGAGCGGGAGAUACUGCUAACUGGCUCGGCUCCUUCUGCGCCCCAGUGCGUAACUGGAGCGGCUUGUUGCUUCGGCGACCCAUUGACAUGGAGAAGAGGGACGGGAUCCAGCGUGGAGAGGCCAGCCUCUUAGACCUGAGAAGCUAUCUGUUCUCUCGCCAGUGCACUUUACUAAUCUUCCUUCAGAGACCUUGGGAGGUCACGCAGAGAGCGCUGGAGCUGCUCCACAACUGUGUACAGGAGCUCCGCCUGCUGGAGGUGCAGGUCCUUGAGGGAGCCCUGGACUGUUGGGUGUUUCUCAGCUGCUUGGAGGUUCUGCACAGGAUCGAGGGCUGCUGUGAUCCAGCCCAGUUAGCUGCAAACUGCUCCCAUACUGUUGGUCUCUGGGCGUAUGCUACAGACAAGCUGAAGUCUCUGGGGGAACUCUGUGGCUUAGUGUCAAAAAAGGGGCCCAAUUCUGAGGACCUGAACAGGACUGUAGAUCUGCUGGCUGGGCUCGGGGACGAGAGGCCUGAGACUGUCAACAGUUUGCAGAGCCCAUACAAAAAGCUGAAAGAAGCUUUGUCGUCUGUCGAAGCUUUUGAAAGGCACUAUCUUGAACUUUCUCAUGCUGCUAUGGAAAUGUACCAGGCCAUCGGCCGGCUUCGGUCUGCCAGACUGGUGGGAAAAAGCCUGGCUGAGUUCUACAUGAGGAAGGGAGAUCCUGAGCGGGCGGAAACCUUCUUGCAGGAAGCUCUGAAGUCAUACGUGUCAGAGGGGUGGAGCCUCCCUGUGACUCACACCAGGAGACAGGUUGCUGAGUGUCAGAAGCUGCUGAGCAAAACUGAAGACUACUUACAAACCAGUGCUUUGUUGGCUGGUGAUGUAAAUCUGACAACAGAGGAGAGGAAACACUUUUGUCAAGAAAUUCUGAGCUUUACUGGCAAGUCUGGAGACCAGCCUCACAAAGUUACCCUCAGCAUGGGUGUGUUUGCACAGCUCACACAGUUAAAGUUCCAUCCAGCAACAGCCUCGGUGCACUCUGGAGCUGUCCUGCAGGUGGAGCUCACUCUGCGGUGUUUGAUGCCCGUGUCGGUGCGCAUCCAGCAACUAGUCGCCAGCAUUCACUUUGAGGUGGAUCAUGGAGGGACUCAUGGGAGGUCAAAGGGAGCUCAGAGACAAACGCACCCAGGGACAGUAGUUUUUAGUCAGAGUAACUCAUCAGCGGGUCCUCCGUCCUCCUCAGGCGCUGGGCCUUCAUUAGAGCUGGAUGAGGUUCAGGACAGGAGUCCUUCGGACAAUUCUCUCAACUCUACAGGAGUGAUAUGUAAAAACACUCACCUGCUCAUGCGUCGUCAUGACAGCAACUCACCCCCAGACACGCCUAACUGUAUCAGCCCCCCUACUGUUGGAAUUAAGGAAGGAGCCCAAAUGCUGAAGGUGCAGGAUGUAACAUUAGAGCCUGGGAACAACAGCAUCACGUUCAAUGCACCAAGUGGACAGCCAGGUACUUACACACUUCGUCAGCUGUGUGCCACAGUCGGUGAGGUGCAGUUUAUCCUGCCUCAUAUCUACCCAUCGGCCCAAUAUGAAGUAUAUUCUCAGGAGCCCCAGCUCACCGUGGAGCCUCUCUCAGAGCCACUGUUAGCUGGUCUGCCUCAGAAGGUGAAGUUUACUCUGCUGACGGGUCACUACACUGUGAAGAAAGGAGAUGCACUGCAGCUCAGCAACACAGAAACAAUGCCCAUCCUGCCCUCCACCAGCUGCACCGCCCGAAUCAGUAGCCCUACUUCUGAGUUGGUGGGUGAAAGCACUUUGUCCAUUCAGUCGUCUGAAAAGGUGACGAGCAUCAGCCUGCCUCCGGCCCCUCCCUACCACACUCUGGAGUUCCAGCUGGAGGUUUUGUGCAUUAUCCCGUCCGGGGCUGACCGGCCCGCCAAUGAGAGGCUGACUAAUGGGGAGGUCCGCCAUCGACCACGGAGCUACAGUCAUCCCGACACACCGAUGACCGCCAUCGACCAGAGGAUGUCUAUCGACUGUCCGUGGUCAAUCUACUCCACACUGCUUGCCCUUACCUUCUACAUCCCUUUCAAGACCAAACACUCUUUGCUUUCUGCUGGUAACAGGAAAUACAUCCAGGUGUGUGUGCAGAAUGUGUCAGAUGUUAAUUUUACGCUGGCAGAAGUAAAGCUGACAGAGAAGCAGCACGCAUCGCUGGAGCUCCAGUCUCUUAACACUAAAACACAACAGCUUCUGUGCUGUAAGCACAGUGUGUUCUGCUUGUGGGAGGUGAGGUGGAAGGAUGACCUGCCCUCCUGUCUCCAGUGUGUUUUCUCUGCCAACUUUUCUCCGCUCAGCCAAGACAUUUCUGCCUACAAACCUUUCCACUACCAGUUCCAGCUUGAGAGAGUCACUACAUUGUACAGCGUGAAAGCAGAAAUCUUCCCUCCUGCUGGUGAGCAGCACUGCCGCUCUGGCGUCCUCUGUGGACUUGAGGUGUGUAUAACACGACUGACUGAUCCAGCAGAGGGAGAGAUUGCAGAGGACAGCAAGACUGAGACCGAUGGCCCCAAAACCACCAAGCUCAUGUAUGAAGUGGCUGACAGCAGCAGUAACUGGGCGGUGUGUGGGAAGAGUUCAGGGAUGGUGCUCAUGCCAAUGACGGCCAACGCCACCCACAAAGUCCAGAUCGAGGUGAUGCCUCUGUUUGCUGGACACCUGCCCUUCCCCAAGAUCAAAGUGCUGAAGUACCUGCCUCACACUGCAGCAGUGGCCAUUCAGCCAGACCCCGACAGCUGCGUGGAGAACGACAGCCUAUCCCUGCUGGACAAGACGCUGGAUGAUCAGGGAGACACGGCGAGCAUCCGCAGCCGGGGCAGCGUCCACUCUGUGGGCAGCGGCGACCAGCAGCAGAAAGGCGUGGCCAUGCCGCGACUCGACCCUUUCAGCCCUGGACAGGUGUUCAACCACAGCCACGCACGCCAGGUCCUGGUCCUGCCAGCUACUGACGACCACAUCAUGGAGGUCAAUGCCACAUGACCCUAGUGACAACGCCACCAACAAUCGUCAUGUAGGACUGAACCUGGGGCCUGGAUGGACUCUACUGAGAUUUUUUUUUUUUAAUCUGGGACGACUCGGGUCCAUGAGUCCAUUUCUGAGACGGCUGCAGGUUGUCGGUAUGGACUCACUCCUAAGCAUGAAACCCACUGCAGACAUUACGGACUAGACAGUGAAGAGCCAAUGACAUCUGCUGAUUAAAUUUAAAUAAAGAUUUUUUUUGCCAUACUUUGUACAUAGCUCAUUGGAUGGAUUUAUAGGUAUAAAUAUAUAUAUAAAUAAAUAAAUAAAUAAAUAUAUAUAUGGACUGAUCAGUGAGAUCGGUGCCUGUCGUACUAUUUCGAACUGAAGAAGGAAAAAAACACUCCUGAUUGUCCCGUGAUGCACCAAAGCCCUAGAUGUGUGUAUGCCUUGACCAUCUACUCAAGUACUGUAAUGACUGAGUGUGUCCAGCUGUUGUGUGCCUCUUCAGUAGUCAUCAUUUUUUUUAUAUUUGAGAUUUUUGCUUGUUUUUGAGUCAUUGAACUCUGAUGUGUCUUUGGAGACGUAGCUUAUAAUCCCAACAGACUCCUUCGUCCUAGUACUGAGGUGAAAAAUGAUCAUAAUCUCCCAAGUUUACUACAUGAUUUCAGCAUGAUUAAAGUCAGUCCAGCACAUAUGAGGCACCAAAAAUGAAAGUGUAGAUCUAUUACUGAAAAUGACCAAUGCACCAUCUGUGCUGAUGCAAAGGUCUAAUCUAAAAUAACCCAGGUUUACCCGUUCAAAUGUCUAAACAUGUUGCUCUUCUUUCCAUAGUAUAGAUUAAAUGUGCUGCACAGGAUUCUAAGUACAGGCUUUAGUAUUUAUACUCGCAGGGUAUAAAGGUCUUUAAAAUGUUCACGUCUCCAAAAAUGCACAUAGAUGUGCUAAAGAACUUCUGUUUAUUUUUAACAAAGACAAAGCCUUAUGUUUUCUGACUCAAACGAAAACAUAAGAAUGAAACUCUCAAAUAUAAACCCGGCAAUGACACGAAAGGCUCCGAUUGUAGUGGUUUGUGUGUAUGUGCGUGCGUGUGUGUUGCAUUUCUGUUCCGCUGUAGCUCUGUGUCCAUGGACGUGAUCAGAUGAGACUUUUACACGAGGAUCAGCCAGUGCACACUGUCUGUCAGUGCAUUGUUUAUAUACUGGGUGUGUAUAUUUAUUGUGUGUGUGCGCGUGUGUGUGUGCGUGCCAAAUCCAUGUCCGAGCUAUGCACACAUACCGGUGAUGUUGAAUGGAUGAAUGAAAUAAGCCGCUGUUAGAUUUAUUCAUACAUUUGUUUGAAAGGAUGAACUCUAGCUACUUCUACCCCCGCCCUCCUCCACCCUUGUCCUCCUCUGUGGUGCACAUGCGCACAGCGAGACUACAGCCUCCUGCUCCUCUUUGACCACUGUACAUACUUAUGUGUAAAUAAUGAUUCAAAUGAAAAUCAUCUUUGAUUGCCAACUAUAUUAAAAAAAAAUCAUUGGGA